AUGGAGCCAACCAGAUCACCACUAGUUUUGCUCGUGGCGCAAGCCGUACUCGCUGCGGCGAUGUUGCAACAACCAUCAGAAGGGAGGGUGCAGGCAGUGGCGCCAUCAGCGCCACAUCUCGCCGGAGGCAAAGAAGCUGAAGCAGCAGCCGCUACAUCCUUGCCGGCUUCACCAUUCACCGGGGACCCGCCACCAUCGGAAGAGAGGGCACAGGCGCUCAAGGCGCCAUCAGUGCCACACCUCGCCGAAGCCGAACCGGUAGCGGCUACCUCCUCGCCGGCUUCACCGUACACCGGCGUCUCGGUCUUCAUCCCGGCACCGCCGCCUCUACCUGGCGUGCCCGCGUUACCGCCGUUGCCCGGCUUCCCGGGCAUGGCAGGCGCGCCUUCGCCUUCGCCUUCGCAGCAGCUGGCCAGUUGCUUGGGACCGCUCGGGCGUGUGAUAACUUGCGCUCCGUACCUCACCGACUCCGUACCCGCGCCGCCGAGUACAUGCUGCGACGGCUUCAGGUCGCUCGUCGGCAGCAGCGCCCGGAUCUGCUUGUGCCAUGCCAUCAUCGGCAACCUGAGUACAUUGGCCAGGGGGGAGAUCGACCAGCUUCGCUUGCUCGUGCUGCCUCUGACGUGUAGCACGAUCGUGCCCCCGGACUUGCUUCUCAUGUGCAUCCUGUCUCCGGUGCCGCCGAUUAUGCCUCAGCACUACGGCGCCGAUGUCAGAGAAAGGCUCGGUGCUCUGGGCGGCUAG